AUGGACAACGAUGAGCCGCAGAUUGCUCGCAGUUUCUAUAAAAUUGCCCGUUUCUCUGGCCAGAUUGUGGGCAUUUGGCCACAACACAAACGCAGCUUGCUCUCGAAUCUGCUCUGUGGCUUUGCCUUUGUGGUGAUCCUUCUUGGAGCAGUGGGCGAGAAUCUCUAUGGAUUCCUCAAUCUCAGCAACUUGGUGACGGCCCUCGAAGCCUUUUGUCCCGGCAGCACGAAAGCUGUGUGCGUGUUGAAGCUCGCAAUGUUCUUUCUGCAUCAUCGUCAGUGGCACGAGAUCGUGCAACGUCUGCGCGGCAUGUUGUGGCACAAUCGAGGGCAGCAGGCACAGGAGUUGCUCGUUGGCCGCUCAACGGUGGCCAAUCGACUCAGUUUGUUGUUGCUUAGCUCGGGAUCGGUGACAAACACUGCCUUCAAUUCGCAGCCUUUGAUCAUGGGCCUCUAUCGCUGGUGGUCUCAGUUGCCGGGUAGCAUUGAUUUACCCUUUAAUAUCAUUUUGCCUGCUUUCGCCACCGAGUCGCAGCUUUUUCCUUUCACGUAUCUCAUGUUGACCUGCUCUGGAUUUUGCACUGUCUUCACCUUUAGCUUUGUGGAUGGUUUCUUUCUAUGCAGCUGCCUCUACAUCAGUGCCGUGUUUCGGGUCCUUCAACAGAACAUACGACAAGUGUUUGCAGAUCUUCAUGAUGUCGACGCCUUCACGCCGUCGAUAAACGCACGAAUACGAUUGCAAUUGGGGCAAAUCGUCGAGCGGCACAAUGCGAUUAUCGAUUUGUGCACGGACCUAACGGCCCAGUUCACGGUUAUCGUUUUAAUGCAUUUCCUCUCCGCUGCCUUCGUCCUCUGCUCGACCAUUUUGGACAUCAUGUUGAACACCUCCUCGCUGAGCGGCUUAACCUACAUCUGCUACACGGUGGCGGCGAUGACGCAGCUCUUCCUCUACUGCUACGGUGGCAAUCAUGUUAGCGAAAGUAGCGCUGCCGUGGCUGACACGCUCUAUGAGAUGGAAUGGUAUAAAUGCGAUGCGACGACUAGAAAAAUCAUUUUAAUGAUUUUGCGACGCUCGCAACGGGCAAAAACAAUUGCGGUGCCUUUUUUUACGCCCUCGCUGCCGGCCUUCAGUUCGAUACUCAGCACAACCGGAUCGUAUAUCACGCUGUUGAAGACAUUUCUGUAA